AAUUUGCUCCCAUGCCAAAAAAUAAAAGUCCGCGCCUAGCUUUGGCAUCCAUUCACAGCUUCGGUCCACCGAGAAGAAGUGAAGAAGCAGUGAAGUGGGUGCUCCUCGCGUUUUCCGCCGCGCGUAUCUCCUCUCCCUGCAUACGGUAGACACGGCCAAAGGUGCAUCGACCAUACAGCUCAUCGAGCAGGUGCGUGCCGGCGGCGCCGGGGGAGGGGAGCAGGCGCAUUUGAAGGGGAAGGUCGAGGAGGACCAGUCCAGCUUCUUGAGAGUUCUUUCUUCUCUCUCAGUCGGUGGCUGCAGCGCUUGUUCGUGCAGUCGAGUUGUGGAGUGACUUUGCGAGCAACUCAACUCUCUGUCCAUGGUCGCGGCAGAGUGAGUUUGACACGGACACACGAGUUCUUCUUCAGCACCGGACACCGCACCUGAGCUAUGGCUCGCAGUUCGCCCUCGCCGGCCACGCUCCUGGCGGCCUUUGCCCUGAUGCUGCUGGCGGUGGUGGUGCAGGCGCAGCCACCCUCCUCCAUGAGACCUACCCCUGAACUCAUCGGUGACAGGGACACUCCAAGGUGUCCUUCAAGCUGCAGUCCAAACAGGGCAGGCACGCCUCGGAAGCACGUAUGCGGCACCGACGGCAAGACCUACCCUUCGGCGUGCCACCUGCGGCGCCACCAAUGCCAAAACCCCGCCGUGAACCUCAGACUCAACUACAGGGGCAAGUGCAGACCCAACAAAGGCAGUGGAAACUCAGGUCCAUCGCACUCGAGCAACACCCCGUGUCAGGAGGCGCGAAAGUUUCACGCUUCCAAAGAGCCGGAAAACAAAUUUUUGCCAAAAUGCGACAAGGACGGCCACUAUUUGCCGAUGCAGUGCUUCAAAGUGUAUUGCUGGUGCGUGGAGCCUCUGAGCGGCACACCGAUCCACAACACCUACCUCGAAAACACAAAACCGGACUGCAGCAAAACCACAGCCAAAAAGAAGCAGAGCACCUCUGGCGAGCAUCUGCAGGCGCCGAAACCGACGAGGCGCCCGAGGCCGUCGCGUCCUCCCUUCGGCGAAAUCCAGCACAAGCCCAAACCAAAGAAAGUGUGCGACGGCCUGGACAGACUCACUUUCAACAAGAACCUUCUCAACUCGCUCAUAGUGGACAUGAGACACCUGUCCAUCGCCGCCAGAACAGAUGACUUUGGGGAAAUCGUGAUGGAGAAAACCAACGACCCCGAGACGCAGCGGCGCAUUCUCGAACUCAAAUUUAACCUGCUGGACGCGAACAAGGACGGCGAGUUGGAGAAAAAGGAGUACAGAAGUUUGAGGAAGUUCGCGCGCACCACCGUGACCCCUCGAAGGUGUUCGCGCUCCUUCAUCCAAAGGUGCGACCGCAACAAGGACUCGAAGAUCAGCAGGGACGAGUGGCUCAACUGCCUCGGGUUCAAUUCUCCUUUUAUUCCGUUGCAUCUGUUUAAAAUGCUCAACUCAUCAUCUGGUGCGUUGCAUCAUGACACCGCUGAUGAGGAGGGUGCAUUGCAAUCGUUACUACCACCACCUGCAACUCAAAGUAUGCCCCGUGGCUUGCCUGCGCGCAAGGAACACCCGGCUGACAUCCCGCUUUCGGGGAUAGACUUUGAAACCCCCGUGGGCAGCUCUGAGCAAGAUUCGUCUGAAGGGAAAGGAUGUUUGCUGGAGAGAAAGUCGGCUCAGGAGUUCGGAAGUGGAAAUUUGUACGUACCUGUGUGCACUGACGACGGAAAAUUUCAACGGUCACAAUGUUAUUCCAACACAGGUUACUGUUUCUGUGUGGAUGAAGAAGAUGGAAAGAUGGAGGCUGGCUCGCUAGUGCUUAACAGCGAACCUCAAUGUGACACUAGACAGCCCUCAACGUCAGGUGCGAUUGCUCGAUCCAGUGAAAAAUGCACCGAGGACAAAAAGAAAAGAUUCCUGCGGGAGUUCAAAGCACUCAUGGGCGCCAAGGUUGAUUUUUCCAGUUGGAGCAGCACUGAUAGUAACGGAGAUGAAACCAAAUACGAAAAGGUCAUCGCAGCUUCUUUCUUCCAGUCCUUGGACAAAAACAAUGAUAGGGUUCUGGAUAAGAGGGAGUGGAAGGAAUUCCGGAAAAUCGUAGACGAAAGGGUCUCCCUCAGGCAGUGCGGCAGGAAAUUCCUUCGUACCUGUGAUAGGAAUGAGGACGGCAAAGUUUCUCAUACCGAAUGGGAGUCGUGCCUGACUGUCCGUAAAAUGCCUCAAAGCAUAGCCCCUUUUGAUGGUAUCGCUGGAACGGCAAAUUUGAAUAGGACAGGACCAAAUCCUCUGGAAACACUCCUGAUUCAAUGAGAAAGAAAGGAGAUAUAAACACUCGUUGACCUGAUAAGUGCCUGCCUUGAUUAACAUUGCAUUUUGUAACUUAAGAUUUGACGCUGCAAAAGAGAGGGAGAAAAAUGUCCGGGAGAUAUGAGAGAGAAUUAACUGUUUUUUCAACAGUGAGAUUUGUUCUAUCAGUAUAAUACUGUAUUUAUAUAUUAUUAUAUUUUUUAAGCAAACGAAUGUUAUUAUUUUUUUUUUUUUGUAAAUA